AUGGAUGGAUCUCUCGUCGAAAUCCCCGCACCCUCGGCUCCUGCUGCUGCUGGGAAUUCCGUCUCUUCCAGGUCGGUCGAGGAAGCGCUCGCAAGGCUGGAGGAGGAGCAGGAAUCAACUGGACAGACGCAGCAAAGUCAGACGCAGCGAAUUCAGACGCUCACUUUCACCUCUCCCGAGUUCCACGGUACGAAGGGGAAGAUUCUCUCUCUACUGGAGGCUGUUGACUCUCCAGGCGAGUUCUGCAGCCACGUUGUAGACGAGACCCCUUGCAACCCCGGUCUUCUCGUCACUAACUAUGGCGAAGUCGGGCUUCCGAUUUUACAUCGGGACUUGACUGGUUUAAUGCACCUGGGUGAACAACGGCGAGAUGUUAGAUACCAAGAUAUCGCCGCCUUCGGCACUGGCUCGCUUAAGAUGUGUAAUCCACAGUGGAGAGCCUCCUUGAACAAACACCUGGAGGAUUUCAAAAAGCGCAUGGGAUUGCACCGCAGUGUUGACGCUGGGUACCCUGCACUUGUUGUGUGCAGACCAGGAGCUGACAUUUCUCCCUAUCUACAGCAUCGAAACGCAGAGACAACAUUUGCAAAGCUAUUGAUCACGUUAGGAGGCUGUCACACCGGAUCCUCGCUCUCUGUGACUUAUGAUGGAGGAGCAGCAAAUGUGCCUUUAGAGCACGGGCACCAGUAUGGGAGCGUUCUAACCCUUUGGCUUUUGGAUGCAGACUUCACCUGGGAGCCCUCAAAGGCCGGACACUUUGCCGCUCUUCUGUUCGACAUUGUGCGCCCUUCCCAGAGCAUACCGACUAUCCCGCCCGCACUUGAAGCGGUGCCAAAACUUCGAGAAGCCCUACACUAUCACUUCACCCGUACCGGCCCUUCCCACCCGCGUAUGCUAGCCUUCUGCAUACCUAGACUCGUGGCUACCGGGUGCUCGAUCAGAUCCACUUUGUCGAGCCGCGACAGAUGUCAGAUCAGCCGUCUUCAAAAGUCAUGCGCUGCAAAUCGCUACUGCCUGUACCUUGCUCGCCUCAAAAGAACUGUUGUCGGUCAGAGACAUGGUAUGCCGUCGCUCGGCCGCAGCUCUGUGACGGGUCACCUUGAUGACAAGUUAGCCGACGGAUACAGACUGGUCGACAUAGAGACACUGACGGGAGAUCUUGUCUGUCACAAGGCGUCGUUCUAUCCUGAAUGCUUGAUACAGAGCGAUGUGUACAAUUCCAGGCGUAUCCCUGAGUUCGUAAACUUCCGUCACCAACCCCAGGACGGAACGAAUCUGGUGGAAGUGUGCUACGAAAAUGCGGUCAUCCUCAUAAUGAGCCCGGAAGAUGAACUAGACUUUGUUGCAGAGAAUAGCCACGAGUUUGCUGGCAAUGAGCAAGUGGACAGUCUUCGACAAGCGUAUCAGGCUACGAGAGAAGACCUCAGUAACACGGACAAGGCGAACCACUUCUUGACGCUCUGCAAAACCAACGUUCGGUCCCUAAAGGAGAGGCCUGAGCCGGUCCACUUUGGCGAAGUGAUGGUCGUAACCAUGACUAAAACCCUGAGCUCUGACUUGGAUCGAGACAGAUCAGCCGUCCUACUGGACCUGUUAUCACUCCUGGAAUACCACAGAAUUGAGUUUGUAUUCGAAAUGAUCAUGAUCAUAAUGUGGGCGGACUGGAAAGACGUAGCUGACUUGCUCGAACAGGCGUUCCUUCGUCUGCCAGACGCAGUUGGUCGCCUCAAUAUGAUGCUUCAUCUGUCGGACAAUUCAGAAUACAUCUCUUCGUCGAAGCGCUUUGACAUCAUCAGCUGGGUGGAAGCUCAGCUCAACAAAGAAAUUUCCGCACUUCCCGUCAUCACCCAACAUGAGAGGCAAGUAGUCCUCCAAGCGCUACUUCGAUUCAAAAGCACCACCAUCCUUGAUACGGUCCUUUCAAAGACAGAACAUCUUUUCCCCAUCGACUCAUGCCUCUGGCUGUUUGAGAGAUUGAUAGAGUCCCAAGGUACCUCGAGGCCUGGCAUUGGACAGGAGUCGGAAUCCGUCCUGAGGGAGCAGGGUCACAUUGUGAUGAACACCUUCGUUCCCCGUCUCGCCAAAAGGAUGUUGGAAUUCAUCAAUACGGAUGCUGAAAUAAGUGCCGAUAAGCUGAUCGACUUGAUCAAUGACAUCUUAAUCCCGGGGUCCAUGCUCAUCAUUGAACUGCUGGCAGCACUUUUGAAGUUCCGCGGGCCUCUUCUCUCCCAGUUGUUACCGCAAGCUCUCACAUACGCUGAAGGACUUGAUUCUAGAUUGAGCGGACCUGCAAUUGACGGGCUCCAGAAUUUCAUCACCGGGGUUCUCACCAACUUCUACAUCCACGAGGUCGGUGAAGUCCCACAACGGAAGAUACCUGUGAUUCGCAAGGGAUACUGUUGUCCAACGCAGUGCCCAGACUGCAUGUUUAUCAACACGUUUCUCCUCGAUCCCUACCGGCGGGUCUUUCAAAGUUUUCUAUGGUCUGAGCUGAGAUGCGACCACAUCCUCAGUCAUCUGCAUCACUUGGGCUCUCUCAAACUCGAGCUGGUCGCCGUGUCGGGCUGUGACAACCCACAGCUCCGAAUCACCAAGAUCGAUCCUACCUGGGAGGCAUCAGUCAGCACGUGGCACCGCAACCGACAUCUCUACCUCGACACUCUUGGCCAGAUCUCGCAGCUGAGGGCCGGCAUGCUUGAAGGCAUCACCAAAGAUAAAUUCGGUAUCCUCAUGACGGAAAGCCUGCUCGCCAUGCAAGGUAUCGCUUUCCGCAGAGAUUCCGCCACCUGCUUGGUCGGAACGCGCUUCUACCUCUUCUGUAAUCCGCCAUAUCCAGGGCCUGGGCUGGUCGAGGACAUAGCUGAACUGAUCACAAGUCACGGAGGCGUGGCUGUCACAGCCGUUGGCCCACUACUGCGACCUGAUAUCGUCGUUGUCGUCGGAACAAUGCCAUCCAAGGACGCCGUCAGGGAAGCCUUCGGCCCCACACGAAGGGUCAUCGACCGGAAUGGACUGCUCCAUUUAAUCCAGACGUCGCAGUUGUUCAAUCCACCCACAGAGCAGCGGGAGUCCGCUCCGGAAUCAAUCUUGGACACGGCGUUGUCGUCGCCGUCCGUGCAAACCGGCAGUAAGCGCCAGGCGGAACAUCUGAUAGAAUCAGAGCAGAAAAGGGGGGCCGGAAGAGAAAUAGAGCCUGGACAAUGGCCAGGUCUCGGUCUUUAUGGUACCGGAAAUCGAGGAGAUUGGGGCUCGACUGCCAAUAGUGCAUGA